UUAGAGAAAGUAAAGAUUAUAUAGUUCAACAAAUUUAUCUAGAAUAUGUCAAAGUUGCUGAAAUAGCUAUAUGUCAGUAUAAUGAUGAACUUUUGUAUGAAUUAAAUUCAUAUGUUAGAAUGGUAAAAACUAGCAUACGUACAU